GGCUGAGAGUGACGCAUCCUGCCAUCAGCUGUUUUUGUUUUUCUGUGAGAACACUAGAAGUUAAUACCGCCAUAAUAAAGGAUUCCUGGUUGACUGCAGUUAUUUAAAUCAGCCAGGAGGUGUUACCGUUGAUCUGUGAGCCUGCGGUCCAACUCAUCCUCCAGGCAAUGAGCGCCCCCCGAGCCGCUCUCUGAAACCGGACAUUCCUUCUCUGAAGAGUGCGAGCGUGGCGCUUGGAGUCUGGACGACCAGGAGGAGCAGCGGGCUCCGGCGGGGAUCGGCCCGAGCCAAAGGCCUUCAGCUUCGGACAACGAGACGACAGAGGAUCGGGUGGCUCGGAUGGAGACCCAGGAGACCCCAUCGGAGGGUCCCGGAGCGCACCGACACUUCAUCUGCGCCUCGUUCAACCAGGACACCACUUCUCUGUCUGUGGGCACAAAAAUGGGAUACCGGCUCUUCUCUGUCACGGCUGUGGACAAACUGGACUGCAUCCAUGAGGGAGUGGACGGCCCAGAUGUCUACAUAGUGGAGCGACUGUUCUCCAGCAGUCUGGUCGUAGUGGUCAGUCUUUCCAUGCCCCGUCGAAUGAACGUCUACCACUUCAAGAAGGGUACAGAAAUUUGUAACUAUAGCUACUCCAACAACAUCCUCUCGGUGAAGCUGAACAGACAGCGACUCGUGGUGUGCCUGGAAGAGUCCAUCUACAUCCACAAUAUCAGAGACAUGAAACUACUCAAGACCCUGCUCAACACACCCGUCAACCCAACAGGCCUGUGUGCUCUGUCAGUCAACCACGGUAACUCCUACCUGGCAUAUCCAGGCAGUGCCACCAUUGGAGAGAUCACAGUCUACGACGCCAACAACCUGAGCACCGUGACCCUGAUCCAGGCCCACGACAGUCCGCUGGCAGCCCUGACAUUCAACGCCUCGGGUUCAAAACUGGCCAGUGCGUCUGAGAAGGGGACUGUUAUCAGAGUCUUCAGCAUUCCAGAGGGUCAGAAGUUGUUUGAAUUUCGGCGAGGGAUGAAAAGAUAUGUUAGCAUCAGCUCACUGUCGUUCAGUGCAGACGCUCAGUUCCUGUGUGCCUCCAGCAACACUGAGACUGUUCAUAUCUUUAAACUGGAGCAGCACAGUCCCAGUCAAGAGGAGGAAUCUCCAACAUGGUCAGCAUAUGUGGGGAAAAUGUUCACAGCAGCCAGUACCUACCUGCCCACCCAUGUUUCUGACAUGAUGCACCAGGACCGGGCCUUCGCCACUGUACGACUUGACAUGUCUGGCCUGAAGAACAUCUGUGCUCUGGCUACGAUUCAGAAGCUUCCACGUCUGCUAGUUGCAUCCUCAGAGGGGAACCUCUAUAUCUACAAUGUAGAUCCGCAGGACGGAGGCGAAUGCAUCCUUGUUCAAAAACACAGACUCUUUGAAUCCAGUGAGGAGCAGGAGGAAGAGAAGGAAGAGGAAGACCAAGAGGACGGCCCCCAGCAACCAGCCGGCCAAUCAUAUGCUGCCACUGUGGCUCUCGCUUCAACACCACUUUCCUCCACCACACUCAUGGGUUACUCUGAAGAUGGUGGAGCACAGAAGGGUGAAGUCAUCCCUGAGCAUGAGUUUGCAGAGGGCCCCGUUUGUCUGGAUGAUGAAAACGAGUUUCCUCCAGUCGGCAACUAGAGUAAUUAAACAACCGUUUCCCAAGAUCCCUCCCAUACUCCACUGCACAAAUUCAGACCUACAGUACUUAUUUCAAACAGAAAGGAUGGUCAAAACUAAUACUGAUGACGAGACGUUGGCUCCCCUGACCUUCCACUAAGCUCAUCGUUUACCUUGGAUACAGUGUUAGUAAAGAGUAUUACUUUCUGCUGGUUCUCGUGUUCUGCGUUCCUCUAAUCUUGUAUGAAAUCUGGAAAAAGAAGAACUAGGACAUCUCUCAUUAGGAACACAGGAGUACCCAAUAUAAUGCCAUAACCAACAGUGUUAAAUAUUUCUAUGUAAUAUGCAUAAAGCAAGAGACUUUGACAGAGAAUUAACCUUACUGAUGUAGAUAAAUGACAAUGAAGAAAAGAAACAAUAUUUCAUGAAGAUUUAUGAAACCUGAUUUUUUUUUCCAUUUUAAUUUCAAUAUUUUUUCUAUGUCAAUACUGCACUUUUUUUCUUAAUCAAAUGUUAUACAUUUAGAAAAAUAGUCUGACAUUUCAGGGGUUUGGCUGGAGGCAUGCUAGGAGUUUACAUUUGGCAUCAAGUGUCACCCUAACUAUAUCAAAAAGUGACUGGUAACUGUUUAUAAGUCCUGCAAAGCAUUUCAUUUAUAUGUUCUGGGUUGUUUUCUAUUAGUCCAGGCCUGGAUAAUCCAACCAUACUGGCACCAGUUCAGCUCCCACUGCAAUAUUUUUCUCUGAGACCUCAUUUAAACUGAAAGCGAGUGAGCGGUGGGGUAUACCCAAAACAGCUACUAAAAACAGUUUUUUUUCUAAAUAAUUUACCCCCCUUGACCUUUUUACAUUUUGUCACAUUACAGCUGAACUUUUACUGAGUCAUGCUAAUACAUGAAUAUGCUUUGAUAUAAACAUGGGGUGCCAACAGGUUCCCUUUAGGAUUGGGAUGUCUUUAGUUCCAUCCAUCUUAUCAUCAACUCUGACCAACGUUCCAGCCCCUGCUGAAGAUGUGCGUCCCCUCAGCAUCAUACUGCCACCACCAUGCUUUACAGUGUGUAUGGUGUAUUCAGGUUAAUGCGAAGCCUUGGCUGCUGUCAGACGUGGCGCUUGCAUAUAGGCCAAUAAUUGCAGUUUUAGUCUCUUCUGACCAGAGCUACUUGUACCCCAUGCUGAAUGUGUUCCCUUCAUGGAAUAAGGUAAACAGCAAAUGGGACCUUUUACAGCUCAGACUGUCAGUGUGUUUCAGAUAUUUUGUUUUCAUUCUUUCUUGUUGGGAUUGAAAUAUGUUUUAAUAUGUUGUUGCUUAUGUUAACUUUUAACCACACAGAUUUUAUUUCUCCAAAAAUGUCAUUUUCCUUUCUCUUCACAGUUAUGUUCAACUUGUUAGUGUCUCUAUUCCAUUAAAUUGUAAUUAAAUACA